CCACGACAGAUUCACCUUUUUUACGAUCUUGGUUCCGGAACACUCUAAGUGUCACACCAUGGACGGGUCUCCCGUGCAGGGCUUGGGCGAUCGGCCAAUCAAACGCGAGCCCCCCAGCGACACGAACUCCUCAGGCAGCGGGUAUUUAUAUAGGAGAUCCCUUCCUGUUGAUCUCCCAACAUCUCCCACAGGCCUCGCCAUCCUUCAAUCAGCCUACCAACAUACGAGAACUCAGGAAAACUUGGCUCCGUCGCGUUCCCUCCCGCCAAUCGAAAUCAUGGAUUUUGGAGGCCCAACGUAUGAUCCGACGUCACACAGCUGGCUGAGGUCAUACAUGGUUCUCGACGACGGGUCCAUCGUUGGAACCAAGAAAGAAAACGCCAUCUUUGCACUUGGAGAUUACAAACACGACGGGGGAAGACAGGUUCUCAAAGCACUGGGGACCAUCACUCCAGCAGCUGGGAAGAUUUACAUCACCAUCUGUCGUUGCCGACACCCAAGCCGCAGAGCUCCACCUUCUCACAACGACGUUCUGCUUUCCCACGACAAUGAUUGUCACGAUGGGGUGGAAUGUUCGGGCUUCUGGCUAGAAGGCUACAAAUUCGUCACAGCGGCUCACUUUCUUAAUCUCAACAAAUCCUUGAGCCCAGAAGAGAAGAAAGAUACGAUAGACUUCCUCAAAUACAUUUCGCCGGCACCACAGCUUCCCUCUCCUAGCGCAAUGAGGGCCCGCGUUUCAUGCGAAUUGCACUCUGACGACAAACACGACUACGAGACUAUGCGGAUCUCCGAGCACGAACCGGCAAUCUAUGAUGUUCGGCUCGUGGAAUUAGAUGAAUUCGCCGACAUAGCCAUCUUCAAACCAGCAUUGCAUGAAACAAGACGACCAAAAACAUGGAUCAAGAACAGCCAACUCAGCUCUGCAGCCGCUGACAAUCCGAGCACGAUCGAUUGCAAAGUCUUUGAUAAGAGCUUCUCCGCCUAUUACUCAUGUGGGGACUCGAGAGUCGAUGACAUGAAUGAUUUGUUGCGGCUUCAGAGGGCAAAGCAAGAGAACUGUGUCACGAAGUUUGAGAUGAUGGUCAAAGAACGGUUGCGUGUAGGCCAAGAGGCUGACGACGACUGCAACAAAAUUCAACCACCAAUCUUCGAAGAAGUCUUUCAUCCCAAUAUCCGAUCUAUUGCUUUUGGGCAUCUCGCAGGGCUUGGUGGUUGGAAUGCUCCGGAUCAGCAUGCUGCCACCGUUUUGCGGUACCACAACAUCCCUGGAUUCGCAGGAUGUUCCGGCGGUAUGGUGGGCUAUUUGGAAAUUCGUCAAAAUCCUACUCCCGAAGGCCUAGUGCUUCCGGAGGUAGUGGUGAGAAUCGUGGGUAUCUUCAAAGGCGAGAAAGGCAGCGCCAAUACCUUGGUCGCGUUUACUCAGAGAGGCGUCUAUGGUAUCAUCAAAUGCUGAAUUGGAUAAUGCUUGCCAACCCUGCAGAGCAAGCGCCCCCGGAUUCCUUGUUUUCGUUCUCGAAAGAAAAAAAAAGACGGUGACAAAGAUAUCUGAGAAGCAUGGUUUCAGCCACCCGCCACAAAGUCACUCAACGGAGAAUUGAUUCAGCUUGAGCGCAGCAGGGCCCAGUCUGAUCAGGAGUGAGAAAGAUCGGUGGCAUUGAACAAAAGACAAAAGACAUAAGGCAGACUGUAUGGAUAUUAGGUCGAAGAAGCAACCAGCGGAGGGACACUUGGUUGGGCUGAGAUCGGACGCGCGCGUGGCAUUUCUAGAGGGACUCUGAGUUGUACUGGAGGCGCCACGCCGGCGAGGGACGGGUCCAGGCAGGAGUUGUACCGGGGUUGCGGACCACUGAUCGGAGUAUGCAUGCCAACCACGGGCUCUUGAAACGAGGCCCCCUUUUCGCGACACAGAUAGACAGUGCCGGUGCUUUUACAUCCUCGAGGGAUGCCAGCCAGAAAGAGAAAUUUCGAUAGAAAAAAAUAUUGCUGAUGCUC